AAUAAAGAAAUCGAUAUACUUAAUGGAAAGGUCGAAAAAUUAUUGAUUGAACUCGAUACAACACGACAACAAGCGAGUCAAUAUGAGUAUGCUUUCAAAGAACAGAUUGUUAUAGUUCAGAAAACAAAUGUGGAAAAAGAAGAUAAAGAAAGAUAUUACAAAGAAGUAAUGGAUAAAGUCUUAGCUGAAGGAAAAUCUUUAAAGAGAUUGAAUGAAAUAUAUGAAAAACGCCAGCAAGAAGAUAAAGAGGCGAUUAAUCGGGCACAAAGAGAGAUAGCUGACCUUCAAUAUUCUUUAUCGGAAGCAAAUAAUAAACUCACUCAGUCUCAAUCAGAAAUAGAAAAGCUGAAUGAAGAUAUUCGGCGGAUCGAGGAUGAAAAUAAACAUUUAAGCCAGAUAUCAUCUGUAUCAUCAGUUUCUCCGGGAAGUGCCGUUAGCAUGGCAUUACAGUCUAAGGGAAAAUCUAUUGUGCAGAUGUAUUCGGAGUAUUCAAAACUUCAAGAGCAAUUAUUACAAGAGAGAAGAAAGAAUCGGGAACUAACUGAAGCACUAGCAACUUUCAACAAAGAACUCGAAAAUUAUGUAAUUAUUGUUCAAACGGUGGAGUAUAAUCAAAUGGUUGCGGAAAAUCAGACAAUUUCAGAACAGCUAAGAGCGUGUCAUGAAGAGAUUCAACAACUUAAUCAAUCGGUAAACAAUUUACAGUCAGAAAAUCUGCAACUAACGGAUCGUAAUAAUCAACUACAAAAUGAAAAAGAAGUGUACAUAAAACACAACUCUAUAUUAAUACGUCAAGUUGAUGAAUUUCGAGGAGGCACCCCAAGGUCACCUCAAAUGGAUAUCGGAGAAGAUAAUGAACCACACGAUAUUGAUAGUCUUUAUAGAUUAAGUUUUAACUUAAAAGCCGAGAAAAAGAGUUUAAUGAAAAAGAUCUCAACACUUGAAAAUCAAAUUAAAGUGCUACAAGAUCAGAUCACUCUAAAAGAUUCGGAAAAUCAAUCCGCUGUACAAGAAAUUUCUCGCCUUCAAAUGAGACAGCGACAAUUAUGUUCGCAAGUUGAGUCACUUGAGCGAGAGCGAGGGUUACAACAAGAAUUGACCUUACGAGGAAGUAUCAAUAGUAUUCAAGAUGCUAACGCUUAUGUAAGAAUGAUUCCAUCAAUUCUUGGUACUCGUGGGCGCGAUUACGAAGCGGAAAUUACCGAUCUUAAGUCUCGACUUGAGAUUUCGUUGCAAGAAAUGAAAGAUCUUGAUGAGAGGCUUCAAAACGCGAAUCAAGAACUGUCAACGCUCCGUCAUGAAAAAAUUCAGCAUUCAUAUGAUCGACAAAGUUGGGAAGAUCGACACAAGAUUAUUCAGGGACAUUUAAAUAUAAAGGAGGAAGAAUGCCAAAAUACAAAGACAGUUUUAAACCAAAUCCAAAAGUUGAAUGAGCAGAUGGAAAGACAAUUGACGAAG